GGGAGGCCUAGCAUGCUGCAGUUCAUGGGGUCGCAAAGAAUCGGACACGACUGAUAACUGAACUAAGCUGACCUUCAGUAAAUGUUAUUUCAGUAAAGAUCAGGUGGAUUUAAAUUCUACCCAUCCUAUUCCUGAACAUAUUGAUCACCCUAGUGGGGAUUUUAAAGUAUUUUCAGGGUGUGGGUCUGACGUAAAAGUCUGCAUGUUCCUCAUCUUAACCAGCACAGGUCUGUUCUGUCAUGUCCUGGCAAUAAAUAUCCUGGGCCAUCUGGGCCAUCCAGCUCCCACUAGAAUUGCUCACCUCUGCCUCUUUAGCGUGAAAUUUGCCAUAGACAAUACAGGAAUGAAUGGUGUGGCUGUCUUCCAGUGAAACAUACAAAAACAGAUGGCAGUGCCGUGUUUUGCUGCUGACUUGCUGUAGUUCCCUGGCCUGGAUUUGGAUGCUGUAUCAAUUACAGUUUAGUUGCAGAAAACAGAAUCUACUCAAGCUAGUUUAAGCAGAAAGGUAUAUAGUGGCGGAUAUUACAAAAUGUACACUAUCAUUGGGCGAGUCGAAGAGCUAGGCUCCAGAUUGAGUUUCUGGGAACACCUCGGAACAUCACCUGCAGAACUGGUCUAGUGGAGCAGGGACUUUUGCCAAAACUGUGAACCCUCCUGCAGCUCAUCAUGCUGCCAGCUCCUGAAUCACCGCAGCUCUGCAAAAUAUUGCUUCAUGCUCUGCCUCCCUUGAUAUUUAACUCAGACAUGUUGGCAGAACAUAAGUUACACCCAGUACCCUAGCUUUAAGGAAGUCUGGGAAAUACAGCUUUUAGUACUUGUAGUACGGGAAGGUUAACUAAAAGGAAGUUGGCAUAAAUUUGGUUGAGCCCGUCUGCUGUACCUGCUACCGAAUGCCCCUUUGGCUACUUAACAUCCAUACCUUCCCUUCUUUCCAUUCUUAAACCUCCAGACCAGGACCACAGGAGCAGCGCGCUCUCUUCCGAUACAAUGCAGCCAUGCCUCCUAAAAACCAAGCGUGCUCACUUUCUCCCAAGAUGCUAAAUCCCAGAGUCCCACAGGCCACCACACCAUCUGCAGUGUUCAUCACAGACAUUACCCUGAGACCUAACGCCCUGAAGAAUUUGGUGGCUCCCCUCCUCCUCACAGGGAAAAGGGGAGUAGGAGAGAGACAGGGCUGCCCAGUGACCAAGAGGAAAACAGCUCAGCCCUAAGAAGUCCCCACACACUUCUUCAUCUUCUUUCUCUCUACCAGCCAGUUCCCUCUAUUUCCAGGCAUUCCAAGUUUCCCUCCUCUUAAUGACAUCAUCUUCAUUUGUAGCUGUUGACUUCUCCUGUCCUUCUUAGCUAAGCUUUCCUCUCUCCUGCACAUUUUUGCCUCCGCUGUCACUUGGUUGAGGGCUCUGCUUUCUCACCUAGGUUAUUGCAGCAGCCUCGCAUCUGAUUACUCUUCCUGUCCACAGCCUCACGGCCCUCAGGCUUCAUCUCCUUACUCCAACUAUCUUAACCUGUCUAAAACGAGUCAGAUCAUCUCACUCCCCUACUUAACACCUGCCAGGGGCUCUCUGUCUGCCCACAGGAUCAAGUUCAAAGUCCUGAGCCAAAUAUUCUAGGUUCCUUACUCUCUCUAAUCCUGCUGUCUGUCUGUCCUGAUGUCUAACACUAUCCUAUCCCCCUCCCAUCCCUGCAUAUGGACUUGAGGCUUCUAAAUACCAAGUGCAAAGCAAUCCUAACACGCUGUGCCCUCUGGUGCCUCAAGUGUCUUUGCAAAUGCUGCUCCCACUGCCUGAAACCGUCCCUUCUCGGCCUUCCUGAUGCAAGUGCUCCCUGCUGCAGUGUCCAUCCUGAGUGCUCCAGUAGCACCUGUUACCUGAUGGGAGCACCGGUGCAGUGAGUCCUGUCUCCAUAUCCUGGCUCCACUUCCCUAAAACACAGCAGGGCUUGGUGCAGAGUAGGUUUUCAGCUGCUGCUGCUAAGUCGCUUCAGUCGUGUCCGACUCUGUGCGACCCCAUAGACGGAAGCUCUCCUGUCCCUGGGAUUCUCCAGGCAAGAACACUGGAGUGGGUUGCCAUUUCCUUCUCAGCAACAUUGACAUUUAUUAAUAAUGACAAAGCCUGUUAAUUAAGCAAAGAAACUAAUUUUGUACGUAUUUGCCACAAGAUGGUGCUAUUCAGAUAGGAAAAACAACUGAAAGUUUCUCCAGGGCUGAAGGAGCCAAGUAUACUAGAUGCCUAAAUGUUCAUUAAAUGUAUUAAAUUUCAGAGGCAGUGAUUUAAACACAUAAGCAUUUUCAGUGGUAAACACAAGGACAGGUUGAAAAUUGUGGAUGAAUAUGUAUUUUAUUAUCAAAUUAUUACUGGUCAUUGUUUCACUUCCUGUUGUUUGGGAGUCUCUCUUCCAAAGUUGUCAAAAUGUUUUUAAAAUAGCAAACAGUAACUCUUAAUUCUGAGGGCAACAAACUUUUAUGGAGGGUUACAGUUGGGUUUUUCAGCGAAACAGGACCAGUAGGUUUCACAGGGAGAGAGGAAGGAAGGGUGGGAGGUUCACUGUAAGAAACUGGCUCUUGUGACUGGCAGGGCUGGAAACUCAGAUCGGAGUUGACUUUGCAGUCUUGCAUCUGAAGGCUGGGAAUUCAGGUGGAAUUUCUCUGUUGCCUUCCCAAGGCAGAAUUCCUUGGGGAAACCUCAGUAUUGCUCUUAAGGCCUUCAUUUAUUGGCCAAGUCUCACCCACAUUAUGGAGAGUAAUCUGCUUUACUCAGUCUACUGCGUUAUUCAUUUACAUUUUAAAUUUAAAAUACAGUUGAUUUACAGUCUUAUAUUAGAUUCAGCUAGACAGCACAGUGACUCCGUGUUUUUACAGUUAAAGUUUACUGCAUUAAAUGUCAGUCUCAUCUAAAAAUACCUGCAGGGCGACAUCUGGACUGAUGUUUGAUCAAACAACUAGGCACUGUAGCCUUGCCCAGCUGACACAUACAAUUAACUGUCGCAAAGGUCUAGGUGAGGAAAGUAAACUUUGUGUGAACAAGAAAUUCACACUGAUGUUUCAGUUUUGAGUUAUGGCCAGGGCAGAGGGGGCUGGCUGUAACCACCCCAAGGAACCUCCUGGGAAGUUUCUGCAGGAAGAGAGGCUGUGGUGGGAUAGGACCCCCUGGGUGCUGCCCUGACCCUCCUGCAACCACAGAAGGCUUCUGCUGGAGGCACAAGGGCACAUGGGGACUAGUCAACAUGCCAGUUCAGUCCCUGGGUCCGAAAGAUCCCCUGGAGGACGGAAUGGCAAUCCACUCCAGUAUUCUUGCCUGGAGAAUCCCACGGACACAGGAGCCUGGUGGGCGCAAAGAGUCAGACACAACUAAAGCGAUUUAGCACGCACAAGCAUAAAGAAGAAGAAUAACCUUGGGGACACCGUAGUCUCACCCCAACAGGUUCCAUCCUCUAUCAUUUAAGUUUUGUUUAUGCUACAGACUGAGGUUUGGGGGCAGUCCUAAGGAAGGAGUUUUGCUUCCUCUUUUCCUGAGAAUAAUGAAAUAGUCAAAGGGAAGUUCUGGCAUCCUCUGCCGCAGCCACUCACCCCUCUGGAUGCACACCCCUCUGGGUUAGUUCUGCGUUCUGCUACUAAAGUAAAACUGUAAAGUGUUCUUCAGCUUCUUUGUUAUGUAUUUAAUAACAAAAUUAACAGCGAAAAAUGUAUGGAGCACUCUUCUAAGCCAUUUGAUCUUCCUGAAAACCUUAAAGAACAAAAUGAAAUGCUGAGAAAUAAAUAAAGCUUUCCUCUUCUGACUCGGAUCUUUAUAAUGGGUAUCGGAAAGUCUAAAAUGGAUCCCUGCCAUCUUUCUGUGCCUUGGGGUAAAAGCCAGAGUGUGGAUACUAGUCAAAGCCAUCACACGUCAGAUUCCAAGCAAUCUGAAGAAAUCUCCCUGCAUGGUGAUGCUGUGUGCAGCAGUACCGCAGAGAUGCCAGCAGGGGAGCAGGAGGGAGUGGAGGAGAGGCCAGAAGAGGACACAGAAGAAGAGGUGUUCCUCAAAUUUGUGAUACUGCACGCUGAAGAAGACACAGGUGAAGCCCUCCGAGUCCAGAGCCUGCUGGAAAACGAUUUCGGCAUCAAGCCUGGAAUCAUCUUUGCCGAGAUGCCAUGUGGCAGACAGCAUUUACAGAACUUGGAUGAUGCUGUCAACGGGUCUGCCUGGACUAUCUUACUGUUGACUGAAAACUUCUUAAGGGACACCUGGUGUAAGUUCCAGUUCUAUUCGUCCCUCAUGAACUCCGUUAACAGGCAGCACAAGUACAACUCCGUCAUCCCCAUGCGGCCCCUGAACAAUCCCCUGCCCCGAGAGAGGACUCCCUUUGCUCUACGAACCAUCAACGCCCUGGAGGAAGAAAGUCGUGGCUUUCCUACCCAAGUGGAAAGGAUUUUUCAGGACUCUGUGUACAGGAUACAGCAAGCUAUAUGGAAAGAAACCAGAAAUAUGGUGCAAAGGCAAUCUGUUGCCUGAGACAGCACACGCAACACACGACAGACUCUUGUUUUGUAAAACAAAGGAUUUAUCUUCACUUGUGAAAACAAGUUCCUAGGAAAAGUUUCAAUGAGAGAGAACCUUCCUCUUACAGAAACCUGUGGAGCCCAAGAAAGAUAAAUUUCUGCAGGACAGUUCGUAGAGUUGUGGUAUUUGCUGAUGUUUCCAUAAACUGGGAAUCUUCAGAGUUUCAAGAGCUCUGUUUCCUCUCAGUUUUCCUGGUUCAUGAUUACUACAAAGUAUAUUUUAAAUUCAUCUUAUAUUGAACUUGAACGAAAACUUACAGACAUUUUAAAAAUGCAAUUAAUUACCCUUUGAUUUUGUUCUCAAAGGACACACAGAAAAAAACGACCUCGAGACAUCUGACCAGCCUGCCUUUCUAGGUACCUCUCACAAAUGUCGUAAUGAAGCACCCAGGGUGUUGUCACCCAGACACGAGGACAGCCAGGCUAGAACGUUGAGAAUGUAGUGCUGAUAAGUGUGAAACCCAGAAUAGAUGCGGCAGUGGUGGGGCUCCUUAAAAGAAUCCAGUCAAAUGUCCUUCCCCUUCUGCUGUAGUGUACAUAUUUGCAGGCAGUUCCCACCACAUUUGUUGGUACUAUGGUUAGGGAGUCUGUGCCUGGUGUGGACAUGACCCCUGGAGCCAGAAGCUCUCUAUGUUGGUCAUUGGCUAUGACCAGAACUUUGUUUGAAGAGCUUCUGAAAGGUGUGUGUAUCCUUGGCCAGAUAUUCUCCUUUAAAAUCAAUAACCUCUCCUUUGCAAGCAGUUAAAAAUUCCUGUCUCGCACAGUACUUUAUCAAGGAAGUAUUUCUCAGUAGCCUGAGUGUGUGUGUGUGUGUGUGUGUGUGUUGUAGAUUACUUUCAGACUAGAAGUGGGAAAUGCAUUUUAUGGUUUCUUGUCCCACAGUGAUAGUGAAUCAGAGCCUCCAAACAGACCAAUUCCUUUCUUUCACAGCCCUUCUGCCCCAGCUGAAAUUGACAGAGAACUAUCAAGUGCAGACCAGGAAUGGGAGAGAGAGAGCCCCGUCAUGCUGUGAUGAGACAAGCGCCCGAGAGGGUGUCAGAGCACCUGGUUCUUCCCAGUCUUUUUCACUGAGGAGGAAUGUGACCAAGGGCAAGCUACUACCCUCCUUCAUCUGUGAAAAGAAAGGAUUGGAUUGAUAAAUCUGCACAGGGCAUUGUUUCUCUCCCGGAAUGUGAACAACUAGGAACCAGGAAAGGGAACAAGCAAACAAAUGACAGAAUUUUAUAAUGUGAUUUAUAAUUUAAUAGAUGCAGGAGGCUUCAUGUAUAUGCUCACAGUGAAAGGAUGUUGUAUGUAUUUACAGCGUAAUUGAUUUCUAAUGCUACCCAUUAUGCUCUUACAGUCACAGAAAAGUAUUACAGUGCAUGCUUAGAUUUUUUUUUAAUUAAAAAAAAUUUUUUUUUCUAGAGACCUUUGCUGCAGAAACAUUCUGCCCUAUUUUUCUUUCUCUUUAUCCCCACUUCUCCAUAUCCCCUUGCUAACACUGGGGUUUGCUCACAGCUUUCUGCAGUCUGCCGCUUCACAGUCACGAACCAACAUGUUUCAUAAUCUUGCAAGUAAGUCGGACCUCCCCCGAUACUAGUACUUAUGAAAGAUAAGAUUCUUCUCAUUGCAUGGUGACUUAAAAGUUCCCUUCUGUCAUAGUAGCUGACUACCCACUUUUCUUUUUCAGUUCUAAUGAUAAGCAUUUUUUGUUGUUGCCAUACUGCUUCCUGCAUCUCCAGUUUCAUAUACAAAUAAAACAUUAACCACUCACACUUGCCUGCCUGCCUGCCAAAGUUGGAGCAAUUGACGCUGGAUGGUGUUUUUUAAUAAAUGUUUUUAUUCUUUA